GACAGAAAAAUCAGAAAAAUCUAAACAAAGAGUACAACUUGUUUAGAGCAUGGAAGUUAAGAGUAGGCCCUGUUUCCCUUGGAACCAGCUUGGGAGAGAUACCAUGGUAACUGACAGUGGAAGAACUUAAAUUAAAUCAUGAUGUUUCUUGAGCAGGUAAUCAGAAAAAGAGCUACAUCUGUUUCUCUACAGGAAACAUGGCCUUCAGUACAGGAUUUCACACUGAGCCCAUUGUGUAACUGAAAGACUUUUCCUGGUUUUUCUGGAUAAAACAAUAUCUACCAGCAAUACAUCAUCAGGGAUAAGAAAAUGCACUAUCUCAAGACAGAAUGCAAUGAUCACAGGGAUGGAGGGUUUUGUAAAUCUACAGAUGAUGAUGAUCAGGGCUGAAUAUCCUAAGGAUUUUGGAGACCUCAUGAUAAGGAGUCCGUUAAUGCAGCUGCACAUUCCCCAGCCUGUGAACCCACAGCUGAGCUCACAGACCAUCACGGGGAUGUCCGAAAGGCUUAACAACUUCCGAGACCUUUCAUUUGCUGUGGACCCAAAUAAUGAGGAACAGCUCAUAAACCUGUCCAAGGUCUCGGGAAUUUUAAUAGCUGGGUAGUGUCCUUUCGUGGUGACUUCGCAAAUGGGGAAAAUCACUUAUACCUCAUGGACUUGAACUUCAUCUUACCUUCAGGAGAUUUAUCGGCAUUAUUUUUUAAAGUGGUGACAAUGUGAAGUAUAUACAUUUGUCUUUUCUGUUUUAUUUAAGUAAAAGUAAUCUCUCUUAUUUUCUUGUGUAGGAUAUGUGCACUUUUCAUUUGCUGAGCUUCCUAGACAUGGAGGAAUGCAUGGGUGUGGAAGCUCACUAAAUGGAUGAACACAAAGCACAGAGAAUUCUCCUUCCAGACAGUUCUUGUCAAAACCCAGUGUCACUUUGGGUCACUCUUCCUCCUCCAUUCAUCUGGCUAAGUCCCUCCUCCAUGCAUUCUCCCUUUACUGGAAUAGAUUAGGUUCCAUUAUAACAAGACCUCAAGAACAGCUUAUCUAACCUUUGUAAAACUCAACAACUCGACAACAGAAUUCAGGUCUUUUCUAGUUUGCCAAUCACAAGAUGGAUGGCCAAUCUCAGUGCUCUUCAUACCACAUUCCAAGAAUGAAUCAGCAGCCUGGCGGCAUGAAAGAUAACAACAAAAUAUUUGAAUAAAUAAAUAAAAGAAUGUGUAAAAAAAUAUUAAAAGCAAAGGCUACAGAACCAACAGAAAGUUAGGAUAAUGAAGACACAGUAAGACAGGAAGUGCUGAGAAACAUUAUUGAAUAAAGAAAUGAAUUAUGUUACUGUUCAGAUUCAUGGGUCACAAAUUCCCUUUAACUGAAAAGAAAAAUAUAGAUCGUAUAUAAUCUGACUCCUCAGUGUUGCUGUAAGUACUCAGUAACGAGCACAGUAUUCCAAGAAUACAGACAGAUUUUACCAGAAUGAUAGUUACAGACAAAAAUGCCGUGAUGCUUGGAUACUGAACUAGUUUUCAGGAUAUUAUAUAAAUAGUCAAAACACACAUACACACACAGAUUUGGGGGAAUGUGUAAACCUCAGUUCUCAACCACACAAAAUAUCAAAUAGCCAACAUUCAAAUUUCAUUUCAAAAAAUGCUCCAGACUUAGAUCUUAGAAGUUCA